AUGGCUGCAGCAUUAGACGCGGGGUCAGCGCCCUCCGAAGCGAGCGCUGUCUCUCGAUCCGACCCCGCACACAUCACCUCCAAGAUCAAAGCAGCUUCCUCCCAAGAUGUGCCCUUCUGGUCCUUCGAGUUCUUCCCGCCUAAGACAACACAGGGUCUGGCCAACCUCUACAACCGUAUCGCUCGUAUGCGAGCCAACCUAGAUCCGAGCUGGAUCCAUGUGACAUGGGGAGCAGGUGGAACAACCGGCGGCAAGUCGCUCGAGUUGGCCGGUAGGAUACAAAAGGGCAAACUCGAUCCCGACGUCGAGCUCGUUCAGACCGAGGUCAAGCAGAUCCGAUCAGGAUCAGAUCAGCACAUAGAAAACGUCAAAGGAGGCGAGGCGUGGGAGGAAAAGAGUGCAGAUGCCUGCGAUGUCUGCCUGCAUCUGACAUGUACAAACGUCGAAAAGAGCAGCCUAGAUGAGACGCUUGAGACGGCAAAACGCUUGGGCAUCAAGAAUAUCCUCGCGCUCAGAGGCGAUCCACCAAGAGGCGAAGAGUACUGGGUCGCAGCAGACGACCGUUUCCAGCACGCCACCGAUCUCGUUCGCUACAUCCGCGACACCCACGGCGACCACUUUUGCAUCGGUGUUGCAGGCUAUCCCGAGGGCCACGCUGACUACGUCGAUCGAGACGUCAAACGCGAUCUCCGGUAUCUCAAGACAAAGCAAGAUGCCGGAGCACAGUACAUCGUCACUCAGCUCUUUUACGAUGUCGACCGGUUCCUCGCUUGGUACAAGGAGUGUCGCGAUAUCGGCAUCACCAUCCCCAUCUUGCCGGGUAUCAUGCCCAUCCAGAAUUACUCGAGUUUCCGACGCAUGACGAAUCUCUGCAAGGUGCAGGUACCACAGCUCGUUCUGGACGCACUCGAGCCUAUCAAGAGCGACGAUGCCGCCGUGAAAGAGUACGGUGUUUCGCUCAGCAUUCACAUGGUUGGCCGCAUCUUUCUCGAAACCGACGUUCGGGGCUUCCACCUCUGCUCGCUCAACUUGGAAAAGAGCAUCGAGCGCAUCCUCGAGGGUCUAGGCUGGAAGACAGAUCUCGGAGCUCAGCCUGAAGCCGAUGCCAGGAUGAAAGGCAUUCCUUCUCACAUUCGUCUCGAGCGAACGAAGAACCAAAUGCUAUCCGAUCGCACCGGUGCCAACACGCCCAAAGAUUUCAAAGUGACGACACAGGAAGCGCUCGCACGCACAUUGGCGAGGACGUCGAGCUCGUAUCAAGUGCCAGAGACAAGCACAUGGGACGAAUUCCCCAACGGACGAUACGGUGAUUCUCGCAGUCCCGCUUUCGGUGAAAUGGACGGAUACGGUGUCAGUCUCAAAGUUCCACCGCAAGACGCACUGCGUAUCUGGGGUCAUCCGGUCACGCUCUCCGAUAUCUCCACCAUCUUUGCUUCCUACCUCGAGGAGAAGAUCUCUUGCAUCCCGUGGUGCGACGCACCGCUGAUGAACGAGACGCUUCAGAUCAGAGAUCAUCUUCUCUCACUCAACCGGCUAGGGGAAGGCAAGAAUGCAUCCGGUAAAGGAUGGUGGUCGGUGGGAUCGCAACCCGCAGUGGACGGAGCACCUUCGACCGACCCCGUCGUGGGGUUCGGUCCACCUGGCGGCUUCAUCUUUCAAAAAUCGUUCGUCGAGCUAUUCAUGUCUACGUCGGACAAGGACCAGCUCGUCUCGCGCAUCGACGCUCUCGGAUCCAAAGCUCAGAUCACGUACUUUGCCGGCAAUGCUAGAGGCGACUUCCAGUCGAACCUCGGCGAUGAAGAGGCCAACACCGUCACCUGGGCGGUCUUCCCGGGCAAGGAGAUCGUACAGUCUACCAUCAUCGAAAGACAGAGUUUCGAAGCUUGGAGGGAGGAAGCGUUUGAAAUCUGGGCAGAGUGGUCACUGCUGUUCCCGAAGCAGUCGGCGAGCAGGAGGUUGAUCGAGGAGGUCAAGGAUGGUAGGUGGUUGGUGACGGUGGUGCAUCAUGAUUACAAGCAGAGCGAUGCAUUGUGGCAAUUUUUGGCGCAGUAG